CGUUGCCUCGCGGGAAAGGUAGUUUCUGGUGCUCGCUGGCGCAGCACGGCAUGCUGGGAGAUGUAGUCGGCCGCCGCGGCCUUCUCCCGGCCGUCGGCAGGUGGCUGCCAUCUUGAUUUCGUCGUUUCUGUGGCGGCACCGGCGGGUUUCGCCUCCGUGGCCCCGAUGAGGUAUUAAGUCUUAAAAGACUUGUUUUCAAGAAGUACUGUGGACGACAUGAAAAAAGUUGGUAACAGCUCUUGCAAUGAUGGUGUUCUACUUAGAAUGGGUCUCAAUGAUAACAAAGCUGGAAUGCAAGGUUUGGAUAAAGAGAAAAUCAACAAAAUCAUCAUGGAAGCUACCAAGGGUUCUAGAUUUUAUGAAAAUGAACUUAAAAAAGAUCAACAAGUGAACCAGCGAAUUGAAAAAAUGAUGCAGCUAAAAGAGAAAAUUACAACACAACAGCUCUUGAAUGCACAGCUGCAGGUGGACAAACUUGUGAUAGAACUGGAACAGAGCCGUAACCUUAGCAGUACAAUUGUACACAUUGACAUGGAUGCCUUCUACGCAGCUGUGGAAAUGAGAGACAAUCCAGAGCUGAAGGAAAAGCCUAUAGCAGUGGGAUCGAUGAGUAUGUUGUCUACCUCAAAUUACCAUGCUAGGAGAUUUGGUGUACGUGCAGCCAUGCCUGGAUUUAUUGCUAAAAAGCUAUGUCCACAUCUAACUAUAGUACCAUUAAACUUUGAAAAAUACGGCAAAGUGAGUAAAGAGGUUAGAGAAAUACUGACCGAAUAUGAUCCCAAUUUUAUGCCUAUGGGCCUAGAUGAAGCCUAUCUGAACAUAACAGAGCACUUGGAGGAAAGACUGAACUGGCCUGAAGAUAAGAGAAGAUUCUUUUUUAACACAGAAGGGACUACAGAAAAAGAUAAUAUAAAUAUGUCUGCCAAAUUUAACGAAGGUGGAUACUCUUCUUCACCGGUACUGUUUGAAGACAACACACCUCUGAUGGAUGACCACCCUGGACAAAGAGAUCAAUCAGUGGCAAAUUCGGUUGUCUUUGGAACUUCUGCAGAGGAAGUUGUGAAGGAAAUUCGCUUUAGAAUUGAGCAGAAAACUCAACUGACUGCUAGUGCAGGAAUAGCACCUAAUACAAUGUUAGCAAAAAUGUGCAGCGACCGUAAUAAACCUAAUGGGCAAUGCAGAAUUGCUCCUGAGAGACAAGCAGUGCUAGACUUCCUAAAAGAUUUGCCUAUUAGAAAGGUGCCAGGUAUAGGAAAAGUGACGGAGAAGAUGUUAAAAGCCCUUGGAAUUGUGACUUGCUCAGAACUCUACCAGCAGAGGGCACUGCUUUCUCUUCUUUUUUCAGAAGCAUCUUGGCGUAAUUUCUUGGAUAUUUCCCUUGGUUUGGGUUCAACACAUUUGGAAAAGGAUGGAGAAAGAAAAAGUAUGAGCACUGAAAGAACAUUUAGUGAAAUAAACACAGCAGAAGACCAGUACAGCUUGUGUCGAGAACUCUGCAGAGACCUUGCCCAAGAGCUACAGAAGGAGGGACUUAAGGGUAAAACUGUUACCUUGAAGCUAAAGAAUGUGAACUUUGAAGUGAAAACAAGAGCUUCAACUGUGCUGUCUUCUGUUUCUACUGAGGAGGAAAUAUUUGCUGUUGCUAAAGACUUGUUAGGAACAGAAAUUGAUAGUGUUGCUCCUCACCCUUUACGGAUAAGACUUAUGGGUGUACGAGUAUCAGGAUUUCUAAGUGAAGAAGAGAAGAAGUACCAACAAAAAAGCAUUACAAGUUUCUUAAAAUCAGGAAAAGAAAUUAGUUUUCUUAGGCUUCAUGCAGAGAAGUCCAACCCAGAAUGUUUCACAAAAAAUUCAGAAGCAUCUCCCAGAGGGAGUUUCUUUGAUAAAAAGCGAGCUGCAAGGCAACUAAACAGUGAGAAUCCUCCAAAUGAAACUGUAGGUAAGCAGCUCUUUCAUGAGAAGAAAUCAUCAGCACAUUUUGUUGAAGAAACAAAGAAAGUCACAGACUUACAGAAUUCUAAUGUGUGUAAGAUCUUCACCUGCCCCGUUUGCUUUGAGGAGCAAAGCAGCAAUAAUUUGGAAGAGCUUAAUAGGCAUAUUGAUGAGUGCCUCAGUGGGAGUCUUGUUAAAGAUAACAUGGAAAUACCCAAGAAUGACAAUUCGAGAGAAAGUACACUUAACUUUCUUCCACAAAUUAAAAGUGAAAAUGUUGAUGAAUGUCAAAAUAAAGUGGAUCAAUUAGCAGGAACAGACCAGUCUGCAAGUACAUCUGACAGCUGUACUAGCAGUAGCACAGAAAAAUUCACUCAGAUAACAUCUGAUAAACCUCACAGAGAAAGACAGCCUAGCAAUCUCAGUGACAUAGCUAGAAACGUGUGUAUGAAACAGUGUCUCUUACCCAAAAGAAUUUCAGAAGACAGUGAAGACCAUUUUGAAAAGACUGAACAUACAGAAGAAACUAGUUCCUCCUGUUUCUUUGAAGCCAAAGGAGACAGUGUUCUUGUUUGUCCAGUUUGUAAUUCAGAACAGAAAACCAACAGUCUUGUGUCAUUUAACAGACACGUGGAUGUCUGCUUAAAUAAAGGCCUUAUCCAGGAGCUGACAGAAAAAAAAGAUUUUCCUACUAAGACUUAUAAUAUGGAAAACUCAAAUAGAGUUGGAGGUUUAAGCAGAGGACAGCAAUGCACAAAUCCAUCACAAGGAACAAAAAGGUCUGGACUAACAACUUCACAGUCAGUAUCAAAAAAAGCCAAGUCGAGCAAUUCCAAGCAUACAAUUGAUAUGUUUUUUAAAUGACUGUGUAGCAACAUAUUCUAUAUGAAGUAUUUCAUAGUGUUUAAUUUAGCAAAUUAAACAUUAAUUUAUUUACCAACAAUGCAAAUUAAUUUAGCAUUAUUGGUAGGCUGGAUUCAGGUGCCUGUCACUUUGGAGCCAUUGUAUAUCCGUGCAAAAAGAACAUGAUGUUUGAGGUAGAAGAGGAGGUACAACUGAGGUAAUUUUUUUUUUUCUUUGAGAAUAAUACUUUUUUUUCCAGUUGUUUCAAGAAUCAAAAUUCACUAGCGCUUUGACUUUGUUUAUAUUGAACAUGUGGAACUUUGUUAGAGUCACGAGCAGCCUCAUGAAUUCUCUCUGCUGUUCAACAAACAGAACAGGGAGAUUAGAGCUGCCAUUGAACAAGCCUGUAGGGCAAGCUCCCUAGAAAGCAGGAAUCGUUAGCUAGGGUACCGUGAUGUGCUUUCUGUACUUCCCACACCUGACCUGCCAUCUCCUCUGUUGGUUGUAUCGGCCAUGGUAGCCAUAGUAGCUCAGGCUGACACUUCCUUGGACAAUUCAACACCAAAUUUAAUUGUUGUAUUAGCUGUGUGAUAACAAAGAAGAGCUGAAUUGCUUGAUUUCAGCUGAUGAACGUCUGUCUUCUCAUCGGACACAAAAAUUGAUUGGUGUCGCAAUUUCAAAGGAAAAGAGCAAGAAUUUCGAGCACAGUCAAGCUUUCAUUGUUGUCACUGAAAAUUAACUCACUAACAGUUGAUGGACCAGCCCUGAAGGACUCAUUGUGAUGAGAUACAGGAUGACUUCACUGGUUUAAAAAAUAUUAGUAAACCUGUUGAUGAGAGAAGGAUUCCUCCAGGUUAGUCAGACAAAUGCUGUUCGAUCAUUGGCCUUUCCAAAGAGACUGAGAACUUCAAUUCUAUUCACAGUUGUGAAAUUGUUACUGAUCAGUAGCACUAAAUUUAUUCUGAAUAGAAGGUGUCAUGGUGCAAUAAUAAUAUGAAUCAUGUGCAAAUAUGCAAGAUGCUGAACCUUCUUAUUGUUUACCUAUCUUUCUCUUCAAAAGUGUUUUGUGUUUCUGAAUAAAUGAUAUUUUAUGAGUGCAUAUGUGGAAGGAGGAAGUUGUAAAGUGCAAAUAUUUAAAAUAUCCUGUUUAGAUUUUUUUUCUUCACACCAAAGUGCUUAAAUGUAGACAUUUUAUUACAAUUAAAUAUUUAUCAGGCAAAUAAUUUAUGAUGACAGCAUAUUUCUUUUAAGUUAUACAAACAAUGUCAAAUCCUGUAUGAAAUAUAAACUGCUUUUUAAUUGCAAAAUCUUUAAAAUAAGUGGCUACUGUAGAAGCAUUUGUUUUGUUGCUUAACUGUAUUGGAAGUACUUGGGGGUUUGCUUGGUUUUUAAACAAACAAAUGUGUACCUGAUAUGUUUUAGAUUCCCAGGCUAAGUCCAGAAUGUGCUUUGUUGUUUCCAAACAUGCUGGAAUGAUUUCACCAUCUCUACCUGCUCUUAUGGUUGUUUGCCAGAUGCCACUGUACCCACAGCUGUCAUUUGAAUUCAUGUCAGUGCUCUGUUAUCUGCUUUGGACCAAAUCAGCUGGACUAGUUCAGACUGUGUAAGCUGACUCAGUUAAAUUUUUCUAAACCAGGUCAGUGAGCAUUCAGCAUGAGCUAUUCUGUUGACAGAGGUGGGAACUGGAAACUUUUGGUAGGAAAGGCAUGAAAGCAACCAAAGGGAACAAUGACUUAAGCUACCACUGCUGUUUAGAAAGUGAACACCUGUCCCUUUAUGAGUUUGUAUCUGUCUGAUUCAAUGAAGUGUAGAAUCUAAGUAUUACCUUCUCAUUGUGUGUAUUUCUUUAAAAUGGGUAUUUUUACAUAUGCAUUUACUUAGAACAAAGUAAACUACUAAAAAUGCUUGAACAAAUACAGUUAGUUUGGCUUAGCCUCCAAAGUUGUCUUAGCAUCUGUUUAAAAAAAGGCGUCAUAGAGUUAUCUGAGUGUCAGGAAGUUAAAGUUGUGGAGUAUGUUAAGAGUUAAUUUGGAAAUAAAACUCACAGUAUGAUUUUAAAGCCAGAAAUGGCUGUCUUUUGUGAUGUGUGUAAAAAUAAACGUUUUGGAAAGGUGAUUCUGUGUGUUUACAGG